GCCUGGCGGCCUCGGCGGCUCUCCGGACACUCACUGAGCGACAGCGGCAGGGCCAUGGCCUUAGGGGCGCUGCUUCUGCUUCUGGGGGUACUCGGGACGCCCCUGGUCCCAGGCGCCCGCGGGUCGGAAGCCGAAGGCCAACUGCUUAAGAAACUUUUCUCGAACUAUGAUAGCUCGGUGAGGCCGGCGAGGGAGGUGGGAGACCGCGUCGGGGUCAGCAUCGGCCUCACCCUGGCACAACUCAUCAGCCUGAACGAGAAGGAUGAAGAAAUGAGCACAAAGGUGUACUUAGACCUGGAGUGGACCGACUACAGGUUAAGCUGGGACCCCGCAGAACACGGAGGCAUCGAUUCUCUCCGCAUCACUGCUGAAUCCGUUUGGCUCCCUGACGUGGUGCUGCUGAACAACAAUGACGGAAAAUUUGACGUCGCCCUGGACAUUAAUGUGGUGGUAUCCUCUGAGGGCUCUGUGCGCUGGCAACCCCCUGGCCUGUAUCGCAGCAGCUGCAGCAUCCAGGUCACCUACUUCCCCUUUGACUGGCAGAACUGCACCAUGGUGUUUAGUUCUUACAGUUAUGACAGCUCUGAGGUCAGCCUGAAGACAGGCCUUGAUCCUGAUGGACAGGAGAGGCAGGAAAUCUACAUUCAUGAAGGGACCUUCAUUGAGAAUGGCCAAUGGGAGAUUAUCCACAAGCCCUCUAGGUUAAUCCAGCUUCCAGGGAAUCGGAGAGGAGGGAAGGAAGGACACCGUGAGAAAGUUGUCUUCUAUCUCAUUAUCCGGCGGAAGCCUCUCUUCUACCUGGUCAAUGUCAUUGCCCCAUGCGUCCUCAUCACGCUCCUUGCCAUCUUUGUGUUCUACCUUCCACCAGAUGCAGGAGAGAAGAUGGGGCUCUCCAUCUUCGCCCUGCUGACCCUUACUGUGUUCUUGCUGCUGCUGGCCGACAAAGUGCCCGAGACCUCCCUGGCAGUCCCCAUCAUCAUCAAGUAUCUCAUGUUUACCAUGAUCCUCGUCACCUUCUCAGUUAUCCUUAGUGUCGUGGUCCUCAACCUGCACCAUCGCUCACCCCACACCCAUCAAAUGCCCUUUUGGGUCCGCCAGAUCUUCAUUCACAAGCUCCCUCCAUACCUGGGUCUGAAGAGGCCCAAACCCGAGAGAGACCAACUACCUGAACCGCAUCACUCUUUUCCUCCAAGAAGUGGCUGGGGCCGAGGAACUGAUGAAUAUUUCAUCCGGAAGCCUCCGUGUGAUUUUCUUUUCCCUAAACCUAACAGGUUUCAGCCUGAAUCAUCUACCUCGGACCUGCGACGAUUUAUCGAUGGUCCAACCCGGGCUGUAGGUCUGCCUCGGGAGCUACGCGAGGUUAUUUCCUCAAUUAGCUAUAUGGCCCGACAGCUGCAGGAACAGGAGGACCACGACGCACUGAAGGAGGACUGGCAGUUUGUGGCCAUGGUUGUGGACCGUCUUUUUCUGUGGACAUUUAUCGUUUUCACAAGCGUCGGGACCCUAGUCAUUUUCCUAGAUGCCACGUACCAUUUGCCCCCUCCAGAACCUUUUCCUUGAGGACCCUCGGGUCAUUUUUGUCAAGUGCUUCAGGAACUCUCCAACUCUAUAGCGCUUGCCUCCUGUAAGAAUCUAGUCUCUGGGAAGGCGUUGAAGUGAAAUCUGGAGGCUGAACAGCGUCCCUUGGACCCACGCAAAAUGCCCUUCUACUCAGCAAUGUGCACGGUCCUCGUCCAUAAGUGCUUAACAUUUGUUGACGAGAGAGAGAAAAAAAAAUCUGGAAGGAAAUAUAAAAUAAUACCGCCUA